AAACAGAAUCACAUAUAACAAAACAUGACUGCCGUCGCAAAGACGACGCAUUUCAAAGGAAUUGCUUUCUCUGUCCAACAACAGUUAUCCGCUUUGUACAGGUGGACCAGCUGGCCAAACAGCACAUCAAGCGGCUUUCUCACUAAAAAUGCGGUGAAGAUGCACUUUGCCAAAGAAUUUAACACAGGCUGUGAGUCUCAUCGCAAAUGAAAAAUAUUUUACUGUAGCGCACUCUUCUGCACAUUUCAGGCUUGGAGGCUAGCUGCUUUUAUAAAAUGUCCAGUAAUUUUACAUUUUGAUGGCGAAAACCGAGUAUGAAAUGAAUGAAGAGCAUAUAGACUGCAUGAAAUUGUUUGCCUCGGAGCGACACCUUGUCAAUUAACAACGAAUUACAGAAGGGCACUCCGCUGUUUAGUCCCAAGACGUGCCCUGUCUUUGGGGAGGUGGUGGUACUGGAAAAGGGCGAAGUUACAAAGAAGAGGAGAACCGGCGCGUCGAGAUUUGCGCUCCAUUCGGACCCGAGCGCCCGUGGGGGGGCAUGGAAAUGCUGCGGCGCUCCUCGGUAUUUGCGGCUGAGGUGAUGGAGGUCUUCGAUCGCUCUCCCACGGACAAGGAGCUGGUCUCCCAGGCGAAGGCACUGUGCAGAGACUACAUCCAUUCCAGGCUGAACCGGGCGGGGAUUGGCUGGUCCAAACCCGAGCAGAGCCUUUCGGCGUCGGGAGGCGCGCUGGCAGAGGUCUCCUCGGUUCUUCUCUGGUUGGGUGAUGAGUUGGAGUAUCUGCGGCCCAGUGUUUACCGUAAUGUGGCGCGGCAGCUGAACAUCACCGUGGCCUCUGAAACCGCGGUGUCGGACGCCUACCUGGCUGUUGCCGAGGAGAUCUUCACCUCAGGCAUCACGUGGGGCAAGGUGGUGUCGCUGUACGCCGUGGCCGGAGCCCUGGCCGUGGACUGCGUGCGACAUGGGCAGCCCGCCAUGGUUCACACUAUCGUCGACUGCCUGGGAGAGUUUGUCCGCAAGAGCCUGACAUUGUGGCUGAAGAGGAGAGGAGGCUGGACGGACAUCACAAAAUGCGUGGUGAACUCUGACCCCAGCUUCCGCUCCCAUUGGCUGGUGUCUGCUGCCUGCACUUGCGGCCACUUCCUGAAAGCUGUCGUCUUCUACCUGCUCCGGGAGCGGUGAGCGCAGGACCACUGGGAGGGGCGUGGGCACAGCCACAGGAGGCUGACAGAGGCUCUGCCACCAGCGCGACUCUGUGGAUCGCCCUGCUCCUAUGCCUGUUACCAGCAUCACAGAAGCUCGUCUUUCAAGCACAAUGUCGUCGUCACUAUUCAGCUCCCCCCCCCCCCCCCGCCCCCUCCAAUAUGGGUUUAUUCUUCCCAGCUUCAACAGACCUUCCAGGCGUAACAAACAAGUCCAGCUCCUCCCCAUAGUAUUAUGGACAGGCCUCCUAUCUCUGUCUGGUUUUCUGUGAGUCAGUAGAUCCCUUGGGGGUGGGGGGUGUAGGUGGUCCAAAUGCCUGGUCUCAGACAUCCUGAUGUGCUUCCAGCUCUUCCAAAAGCAGCAUGUGUGGACUGGUUGUAAUACUUAAAUACUUAAAUCAGCUCAAGUCUGAAAACUACUCGCAAAACACGGUAGAGGCCUGGAACUUGACCCCCCCCCCCCAAAAAAAUGAGAUCUGAGGCUUUUGGCCACAAAACACCAUUAAUGCCUGUUUUAGAGGCGACUGGGCCAAGCAUUAAAUAUUCACACACCCCCCCCUUGGCACAUGGAUUAAUUGUGUUUUUUUCCUUUCUCCUUUAAUUCUUUUUAUUUUGUGAAUGACUUUUAAUUUAUCACACAUUUCUGGUACCGAUACCAGAUACACAUUUCUGGCUCCAAUAAAACUGCCUUUUUAAAAACAUACCAAAGCGUCGAUCUGUGACAGACCACCGUACACUUCAUGUCAUUUUGGACAUCUGUUUAAUGAGCCUUGUCGUUCACACGUACUUUCAUACUAACUUCACAAAUCACUAGUGUCCGAAGACUUAAUACAAAGCACCAGCUACCAGUACAAACAAGUGAUUACACAAACCCCUCCAGAAUCAUUUCAAUAAGAAAAAAAAUGCAGUCAAAUAAAUGCUGUACGAUCUGAAAUCGGGCCAGUAAAGAGUUUCCGCCGAAUUAAUGGCUGAUAUCUAA